AAUUAUUAUAAUUCUCUCUUCUUAAUCCCUAAAUCUCUCAUGGAAUCAUGAACCAGAUCGGGAUCGAAAGAUGAUUUUGAGUUUCCGGGUUUGAUUCUUUUUUCCCCUUUUUGUGAAAUUGGGUUGGAAUCUGGAGAUCUGGAUCUUGAAAAGGUUGAAACUUUACGUGUGUUUGGUGGUGUUGAUUUUGUUCUUGAUGAACUGAUUUUGAGUAGUCUUUGGAAGAAAUGUUGGAAGAUCGAUCACCAGAUUCGUGUUUGAUUACAAGGGUUUUCUCAAGCUCUCGUCUUUCUGAAUCAAACUGGUCUAAGUCUUACAUGUAUCCAGAGGAUGAUGAUAAGCUCGGGAAUGGUAAAAGACCUUUGGAGGUUGUUGGUGAGAUUAGACAGACCAAAUCACUUAAAUUAAUGGGUUUUUCUAUUACUUAUGAUAGCGAUUCUUCUGACUAUUCAUUGAGUGGUGGGGAGGAGCAAGCAGAUGCUGUGAUUGGUGAUGGCUCAUUGUCGAGACAGGAGCAAGAACAAUCUGAUUCUAAUGAUAAUGGUGGUGAUUCUUCGGAUUCGCAUUCUCUUAUCAAUGAGAUUGGGAGGGACAAUUCGAUUGACUGUUUGAUCCGCUGCUCGAGGUCUGAUUACGGUUCAAUUGCUUCUUUGAGUCGGAAUUUCCGUUCUUUGGUAAAGAGUGGAGAGAUUUAUAGAUUAAGGCGACAAAGCGGGUUUGUUGAACAUUGGGUUUACUUCUCUUGCCAGCUGUUGGAAUGGGUUGCUUUCGAUCCUGUCGAGAGAAGGUGGAUGCAGUUGCCAACUAUGCCUUCCAGUGUUACCUUCAUGUGUGCCGAUAAGGAGUCUCUGGCCGUUGGGACGGACCUUCUUGUCUUAGGGAAAGAUGAUUUUUCUUCUCAUGUAAUAUACAGAUACAGUCUACUGACUAAUUCUUGGUCUUCUGGUAUGAAGAUGAACUCUCCGAGGUGUUUGUUUGGAUCCGCGAGCCUUGGAGAGAUUGCUAUAUUCGCUGGUGGAUGUGAUUCCCAGGGAAAGAUUCUUGAUUUUGCGGAAAUGUAUAAUUCUGAGCUUCAAACUUGGAUAACUCUUCCAAGGAUGAACAAACCGAGGAAGAUGUGUUCGGGUGUUUUUAUGGAUGGGAAGUUUUAUGUAAUUGGAGGAAUUGGUGGUGCUGAUUCUAAAGUCUUGACCUGCGGUGAAGAAUAUGAUUUGGAGACCAAGAAAUGGACUCAAGUCCCUGACUUGUCGCCUCCAAGAAGCCGUGCUGAUCAAGCUGAUAUGUCACCAGCAGCAGAAGCACCGCCUCUUGUUGCGGUUGUGAAUAACCAAUUGUACGCUGCUGAUCACGCGGAUAUGGAAGUGAGGAAGUAUGAUAAGGAGAAUAAGAAAUGGUUAACUGUUGGAAGAUUGCCUGAAAGAGCUGGCUCGGUUAAUGGAUGGGGGCUUGCUUUUAGAGCUUGCGGGGAGCGGUUAAUCGUUAUUGGUGGACCGAAGUACUCGGGAGGUGGGUUCAUAGAGCUGAAUUCUUGGAUACCGAGCGACGGUGGUCCACCGCAGUGGACAUUGCUUGACAGGAAACAUUCUCCUAAUUUCGUAUACAAUUGCGCAGUAAUGGGUUGCUAAAAGAACACACAUUCAUAAUACUACUAUCCAUUUGAAGACCCUCCAGAUUCUUGUUGAUGGGUUUUCGCUCACACGUCAAAAGACACCAUUGAAGGUCCCAAGCUCCAACCUUUAUGCUUCUUCUUCCUUAUUUGUUUCCCUUACAAAAUUUUCAAUUUGAAUACAAUCAUCUCUGUAUU